GGCAGCUGUAGGUUGACAUUGUGACCUAUAUGUUGCUAAUGAGCGUUUUGUUUUAAUGGGAUUGAUUGUCAUUUACGACAGUCCUCAUUCACAAAUUAGAAGAAAAUGGCUGUAAAAAUCACCGUUACGUCUAUUGCUGUGUUAAUUGUCUUGAAUUCCCAAGUGUUUUGUCAGGUUCUGAUUGGACCAACUGGUAUAGAAUAUGCCAAACCUGGAGAAGAUGCAACCUUUGACUGCUCUAUAGAUUGGCAGUCAGUUUCAAAAACUGUACAUUGGGUUAAAGUUGGUGAGACUGCUGUACUAGCUGAAAUCACAGACCAAGGUUCUACUAUUAACGUAGGUGAUCCAAACAAUCACGGUAUUGUGUACACAGCGCCAUACAGAUAUGACUUAGUUAUAUAUAACGUGGAAUUAGGAGACGAUGAUGGCCAGUAUGAUUGUUAUUUUAGUUUAGACGGCAAUGAAGAUGGGGAAGUAGGAACACUUACUGUACUUG